UGUUAACCUCACAGCACAGCAUAUUACUUAUGUACGGCUCUAGCGAUCUCGAGUAAAGAGAGUAAAACCGCAACAGGCAUCUAUUUUAUCUUGGCGCUAAGUGCUGGCAGCUGGCAGUAGUAGUGCGUUGCAUAAGCGCAUGGGCAGACGUGUAUUUGAGACCUGUAGCUGUGGAGCAUCAACUCCAACGGAUCUCAUAUCUGGAACUUGUGACUUCAUUUUCGCAUGAUUUACUGCGUCUUUUUGCAAGUGCAUGCAAUAGGCUUUAUCGUUUGGUCUAGAUGCUACCCAAAAAACUACACCCGUACAGUUCGAUCCAUGUGAUCUAGACCAUAACCAGCCAACCUACAUGGUCUGGUAAUUUGUUUAUGGAAGGUAUCCUGGCGUAGAGGCUGACAUUAUUUUAGUUUCAGCGCAUAACUAGGCAAACAUUUCGUGUGAUGGGACUCUCCAAACUCUGAAGGAGUGUCACUGAAGUGGGAAGACUGGGAAAACGAGAGGACUAGAGGAGAAAGAUGGAGCCCAUAUCUUUAGAUGGGGCUGCAACGGUGGAGGAGCUGGUGGAAGCGUGCAUUCAAGCCUUCAAUGAGAAGGGCACUUUGAAGGACCCCUCCGUAGUGCGCAUGUUCCUCAUGAUGCACCCGUGGUACCUCCCGUCCACCGACAUGGCUAAGAAACUACUGCUCAAAUCGCAGGAGGAGAGCUGUUCUGCUGAACGCAGGACAAGAAUCUGCCACCUGGUGAAGUACUGGAUUUCGGAGUUCCCGGCAGAGUUCAAUCUGAACCCAGAACUGGCAGAGCAGAUUAAAGACCUCAAGGACCUAUUGACCACUGAGGGGAACGAGCGCCAGAGUCAGCUCAUCGACAUCGACAGUGUACCGUCGUACAAAUGGAAGCGUCAGGUGACCCAGCGGCAACCCUCUAUGUCCAAGAAGAGGAAGAUGUCUCUGCUGUUUGACCACCUGGACUCCUGUGAGCUGGCCACACACCUCACCUACCUGGAGUACAAGUCAUUCUGCAAGAUACUGUUCCAGGACUACCACAGCUUUGUGAUGCAUGGCUGCACGGUGGACAACCCCAUCCUGGAGCGCUUCAUCACCCUGUUCAACAGUGUGUCUCAGUGGAUCCAGCUGAUGGUGCUCAGCAAGCCCACCGCCCCCCAGAGGGCUGCUGUCAUCUCCCACUUCAUCAGGGUGGCUCAGAAACUGCUCCAGCUUCAGAACUUCAACACUCUGAUGGCGGUGGUGGGGGGGCUCAGUAACAGCUCUAUAUCUCGCCUCAAAGACACCCAGUCACACAUCAGCAACGAGACCAACAAGGUGUUCAACAGUCUGAUUGAGUUAGUGACGUCUUGUGGGAACUACAGCCAGUACCGCCGCCGCUUCUCCGAGUGCACAGGCUUCCGCUUCCCCAUCCUGGGCGUGCACCUCAAGGACCUGAUUGCCGUGCAUGUGGCGCUGUCCGACUGGGCCGACCCGGGCAAGAGCAGGGUCAACCUGGCUAAGUGUCAACAGCUGUAUGCCAUCCUCCAGGAGCUGGCGUUGAUCCAGACCACACCGCCCACCAUUGAUUCCAACACUGACCUGCUCAAUCUACUCACAGUGUCUCUGGACCAGUACCACACCGAGGAGGAGAUCUACCAGCUGUCUCUACAGAGAGAGCCACGCAGUGCUAAACCAGCAAACUCUGGCCCUGCCCCUGCUCCCGCCCCCAAGCCCUCUAUGAUUGACGAGUGGGCAGCGUCUGUGAAGCCCAAAGCAGACCCUGCGGUCAUCAACAAACACAUAGAGAAGAUGGUGGACUCUGUCUUCAAGAACUUUGACACGGACGGGGAUGGUCACAUCUCCAGGGAGGAGUUUGAGAUCAUCAGGGACAACUUCCCCUACCUCAGCAAGUUUGGAGAACUGGACAAGAACCAAGAUGGGAAGAUCAGCAGAGAGGAGAUGAUUGACUAUUUCAUGAAGGCCAGCUCUCUGCUCAACUGUAAGAUGGGCUUCAUCCACACCUUCACAGAGACCACCUACGUCAAGCCCACCUUUUGUGAACACUGCACUGGCUUUAUAUGGGGCUUCUACAAACAGGGAUACAAGUGUAAAGCUUGUGGAAUUAACUGUCACAAGGCGUGUCAAGGUCGUCUGGCGGUGGAGUGUCGUAAACGGACCAAGAGCAUUAGCCACGAGCACGCACCCUCUCUCCAGGCACGCUCCUACAGCUUCCCCCCUCCGGCCAACAGCCCACCCAGCCUACAGAACACAGGAUUCUUCAGAUUUGGGGUCACUCAAGAACCGGUAGCAUCAUACUUCAGCCAGGUUGUCUUUACAGAAGGUUAUGAGAUGGAAUGUGAUUGUAGAGGAAGACCUAGAGGCUGUGGAGGAAGGAAUGUUUGAUAUCCAUCUAUAACCAGAAGUCUGCAUUCAGCCUAACACAGCUGGGAGGAAACAACAGAAGAUGUGAGCCAGAAGCAUAGCCUACUAUGGCGGCCUUAGUGCUGGAGUCUGUUCAGAAGGGUGCAAUCUGUCAUCUGUCAACGAGACACUAUUCCCUCUUCUAUAUGACCGACGAUCAUAUCUCCUCUACGUAAUGGAUUCUGAACAUUGCAUGUAGAAAUGUAAUGAAUAGAGCAGACACGAUUCCCUCUUCUUUGACAGACAAUCAUGUCUGCUCUUUUCAUUCCAUUUCUAUAUUUAACGUUCAGACUGUCUCGGAUAGAAAUCCAUUGUGUAGAAGAGGGACUGGUGUAAGCUCUUCAUUCCAUUUCUAUCUGCAAUGUUCAGUGUGUUUCACAUCACUGACUGAACACCCCCGGUGAGACUUCCAGAGAGAGAAAUGAAAUUGCACUGAACCCAACACAGGAUACAGACAUGCUGUCACAUCGUGGACAAAAACUGCAACUGCAUAUCUUCAAGCACUCAAUACUUCUUCCUCUGUGUAUCUCUACUCCCUUUAAACAAGUGAACGUGAUUUUUGACGAGAAUAUCUUUCUACGUUAAAUCUGCAUUUUAGAUUCUGGAUAUGGGCCCAUUUUUUCAUCUCUUACAUAGUUUUAAGCACUGGAUAUAGAAAAAAAAUCCACAAUUGUAUUUUCAGGGUAGAGAUGUCAUUGGGUUAGUGUAAUGUUAUUGCCUCCAAGUUUCAGUGGUGUUGUGUUUUCAGUGCAUUUAGCUGUACAUUCUUCUAAAUUACUAACCUAAAUGUCUCUCCAAAAUACAAGAGGUGCUGUUGUUGCCAAGAAAGAAUGUAUAGGCUAGAUGCCACCCGGACUUCCGUCUUUCUGAGAAAGCUUUGCUUUUGUCUUAGUCGUUUGUCAUCUUGUUGAUUUUAGUGAAUGGUAUGAGAGAAAUUUCAAACACCCAUGUGUUCGAUGUCCGAGAUGAAAUGUUUCAGCUCCCGAUCUAACUGUUGACUGCAUUCCUGGAUUGGGAAUCUCACUUGGAUCGAUCGCGACAGCAACAAUAUCAACGACCCAAAUGGACUGUGGGAAAACUCCAGAAUUGGAAUAUUAUUAGAAUGCUGACGUAUUUCCCGUCCUCCUGUUACCUGAAUAUUAAUGACUGUUCUAUGGUAAUUUGACUGUGGUGCGUAAAGCAUGGUAUGUGGUUAUUAUGGUCUGUCUCUGUGCAUGGGCCACUGUACCUUUCCUCUCUGUAAUUUUGGAUGUAGUUUGAAACAGUGAAUAUUAUAUAUCGUCCUGACAUUUGAACUCUUUUAUGAGACAUGUUAAAGCCUGUAUUUUAUCCUUCUGAGACCCAGUAAAAAAAAGGGAUGGAAAAAGGGAUGUUUUGUGGGGGUGUACAAAGAAAAUAAUUUGAACAAAUAUUGUUUAUUUGAUGUGCACUGUAGUGGAUAUAAGCGGGUGAUGGUAAAUAUGGAACAGUGCAGUAAGUGAAGAGCAUAGUUUUGAUGUCCACUACAGAGGACUUUAAUGAACACGCUCUUAUUGUUUCUUUUCUUUUUUUUAACCAAGGAGAGAAAGUUGCAUGUGAUAUCAUUGAAACUCCCAUAACGUCCUCUCAAAGGUAGAACAGCACAAAGUAACUGACCUGUGAUUCCAGAUUUGUAUGAUAUGUGACCUAUGAUUAAUUACAAUAUGAGUCAAAUAGUUUACCUUAAAAAAACAACAAAUGUAAUUAAGUGUGUUUAAAUAAGCUUUUUUGUGUUCGAAUGGUGUGGCCGUUUUACCCGGUCAUAACAAAAAAAAACAUGAUGAACAUAGAUCGCUGAUUGGCCAGCUCAUCUUCCGCUGGUGUAUGACAAUCAUACGCUGAGGAAAUAACAUGCAUUUAAAAAAAAACAGUUUUGUUUGAGAUACACAUUUUUUGAAGUGUUUUUUAUUUUGUAUUUUUAUUUAUUUUUACAAUUUAUGCUUUGGCUACAUCGGAGUAUAGGACAAGUCAACUACAUUAUUUGGGUUUGAGUUAACAGAAUAUGAACUUUUAAAUGUUUUUAACAUGUAUGGCCUCUGAGAUAAGGACCAAAAAUUAAUGUCCAUUAAGAGUGGAUAAAAAGGAAUUGCUGGGCAUUAGGAGGAUAUCAAAUAUGCUUCUGAUUCCAUCGAGGUGAUCCACUCUUGCCGAAUGUCUUUUCUGUGUAUUUUUAUGUAGCACGCAUAUAUAUCUUCUUUUUUUUAUGGCAAUAUGAAAUCCUAUAGGCGAGUGUCCUAAAUGUAGUAGUUUGGAGUCUAUAAGAGUCCUACAGUGGAGGUGUCAUAAUACCCAUAAAACCUAGUGGUCAACAGAGAAAUUUGUUUUUCCGCCAUACAAUUUUUCCCAAAGGGGAUUUUAGAAACGCUUCAAAUAAUAUAAUAAUAAUAAUAUAUGCCAUUUAGCAGACGCUUUUAUCCAAAGCGACUUACAGUCAUGUGUGCAUACAUUCUACGUAUGGGUGGUCCCGGGGAUUGAACCCACUACCC